UCGCGACCGCCAUCUUGAUGUAUCGAGGUGGGGAUACGAAGUGAACUAGCUUUGGCGUUUCGAUAAAUAUAAUUUCACGAAAGUGGCUUUAUUUCCGAUACGGAUCAAAAUAAUUCUAUACAGAGUUUUUUGUUGAUAUUUCUGUUCCUCUGGCGCGAUUCCUGAAAAGUGCGUGUGUUUAUGUGUAAUUGCACUAAGAAGAUUGUCCAACUGGAAAUCUAACAGCGUGGCUCUGUAAGCUUCUCUUUGUUUCUGUCACGGAUUAAUAAUAAGGUCGUCUUCAUGUCUAACGAUGGAACACGUUUUGAAUCGCCAAAGGUAACCUAAGGGCCGAGUCAGGCAGCCAGAUUUAUCGAAACACCGGCGGCACCGAUCCCAGGCAGUAGUAGGUACUUCUCGGGGGCGGCGACUAAAUCGUGCAAAGUGCGCAGCAGUGCGGAGUGGUGUGGUGGUGCGCGCGGUGUGCUGAUGUGCUUGUGACGGUGUGACGACGAGAGUGCGUUAUCCAGUGUCCGACGCCAGGUGGUCUAUCAAUGGACAAGAGGAAAAUGAUGCCAAAAAGGCCUAGGUUUGAAACGCGCGGUCCCAUCUCCAACGGGCCAAUGCAGACGCGGCCGCUGGUCGCGCUGCUCGACGGUCGCGAUUGCUCCAUCGAGAUGCCGAUCCUUAAAGACGUCGCGACGGUCGCGUUCUGCGACGCGCAGAGCACCAGCGAGAUCCACGAGAAGGUGCUCAACGAGGCGGUCGGUGCGCUCAUGUGGCACACCAUCAUCCUCACCAAGGAGGAUCUCGAGAAGUUCAAGACUCUGCGCAUCAUCGUGCGCAUCGGCAGCGGCGUGGACAAUAUCGAUGUAAAGGCGGCGGGCGAAUUGGGCAUCGCGGUGUGCAACGUGCCCGGGUAUGGCGUCGAGGAGGUUGCAGAUACGACGCUGUGUCUCAUACUCAAUCUGUACAGGCGGACCUUUUGGCUCGCUAAUAUGGUGAGGGAAGGCAAGAAAUUCACGGGACCUGAACAGGUACGAGAGGCAGCACAAGGCUGCGCUAGGAUACGAGGCGACACACUCGGAAUCGUUGGACUCGGACGGAUCGGGUCGGCGGUCGCUCUGCGGGCGAAAGCUUUCGGCUUCAACGUCAUAUUCUAUGAUCCGUACCUACCCGACGGAAUCGAGAAGAGCCUCGGGCUGACUCGGGUGUACACGCUGCAGGAUCUGCUGUUCCAAUCGGAUUGCGUCUCGUUACAUUGCACGCUCAACGAGCACAAUCACCACGUCAUCAACGAGUUCACAAUCAAACAGAUGAGGCCCGGAGCGUUUUUAGUUAAUACAGCACGAGGCGGCCUGGUGGACGACGACGCGCUCGCGCAGGCGCUGAAACAGGGACGAAUCCGCGCCGCCGCUCUCGACGUCCAUGAGAACGAGCCGUACAACGUGUUCGCGGGGCCCUUGAAGGACGCCCCCAAUCUCCUGUGCACGCCGCACGCGGCCUUCUACAGCGACGCCUCCGCUACCGAACUCAGAGAGAUGGCCGCUUCGGAGAUCAGGAGGGCGAUCACGGGUCGGAUACCGGAAUGUCUCAGGAAUUGCGUCAACAAGGAGUACUUCAUGGGACCGGGCUCUUAUCCCGAAGGUACAGUCUCCCCGGCCGGUGUGAAUGGCGGCUAUUAUCAAGGCGGUGCUCUUCCCGUCCAACAGGCACAUUCUACAACACCCCACGAAGUGGUGACACCUAUUACAGUAGCCCCUCCGACACCUCAGCCCACCCAACCUGUCGGACCAGUUCCUGUUCCUCCCCAUGCUAUAUUUCAGCCGAUGAACACUCCGGACCCCUCGAACCACCAUGCACCAAAGCCAGAACCCUCAGAGGUGCACUAACGAUGUCUCAAUCAAGUUGAAAAUUUCUUAUUGGGCUGUAAAACGCUGCGAAUGUGUGACAUGCAUGUUGAAUCACAUUAUAAGUUCAUGUUGUUUUUUCCACUCUUUAAGAUAUACAUAUCGUAAAAGUGAAAUCUUACUUUUUACAUCACAGUACUUGAAAAACUUUGCCUUAUUAUUAGGGGUGACUACCUGAGAGCCUCAGUUCUUAUCGUUUAAUUAGUUUAGUGAUUUUAAUUGUAUGUACUUUUUUAACUGUGAAAGUAUUUAUGUAUAUAUGCAUUUCUGUCUGAUUUUUAAAGUAUGAAAAUAUUGAUUAAUGUUUACUUGAAAAAUUGUGAUUUGCGGACUGGGGUUUCAGAUAGAUCAGCAUAUUAAUAUUGCGAAGGGAAGCGAGGAAGGACCCUUCUGCACGGAGGGUGUUUCCCCGUAACAGGUUCAAAAUCUUUUUUUUGUAUGAUUUUAUACUAGCACAAUAUAGUGUAGUAUUGUGUAUAUGGUUGAUUUUUAUUUCCGAAUCGAUUCGCCUGAAAAUAAUUACAAAUUUUAUAUUUUCCAAGCAAUUUCAAAGGGGCCAAUUUUUUUUUUAACAUUUGACAUUGAAGACUAGAGAUCGUUUUCGAUCCUACAUGCGUUCAGAUGCUAACUGGUGAUCACCUUUCCGUGAAGUAUCUGUAAAUGUGAGAGAAUUUGUAAAGUAG